AUAGAAGCGUUAACUGUCGUCUGCUCUUCCACAGCAGAGGUUGUGUUUCAGAACCGUUCUACCUUUCGGAAGUAACUGAUCAAUGUUCUCUCUCUGGAGUGACUGACAGAUUGCUAACAUGGGUUUAAGGAAGAUGAAUCGAUUGCUUCUUAUUUUGUUACUGGCCGAUUUGACUCUUGCAUGGUCGAAAAGGCAUCCAAAGCCCACAUCGGAAGAUCACGCAAAGGCUCUGGUUGAACCUGAAUCCUCCUCAGAAGAAGUUGAUUCAUCGGAGGAGGCCAUCGAAUCCAAGCUUACUGCACACUAUACACCCCAGCCAAAAGCCCGACAAUAUAUCCUAGAAGAAGAUGAUCACCACUAUCAACCACAUGAUUCUGCCAACGGAGGAGGGGAAUACAUCGACAGCGAAGAUCUUAAGUCUCACAUAGAGAGCGACGAAUCAGAAGGCCACCAUGAUUCAGAUAGCACAAAAAAGGACGAUGAAUAUAAAGAAUUUUCAGAGAAGGGAGCACACCAAGAGUUCGAACAAGGCGGAGCUUCUUUCGACAAGCAUGCCAAGGAUCAUAAGAUUGAUAACAAAGAAGUGGAAAACAUAAAACAACAUGAUGUUGGUGCCAAUUAUGGAGGGGAAGCUGUCAAGGAGCACAAACUCGGGAAACAUCGGGACAAGAGCAUAGGCCACAAAACUCACGGUUUCAAGAAUGUUUAUCAUAAAGAAGAAUACGGUGAUCAUAAAACAUUCCAUGAUGAAUUCCUAGACAAAGAUUCUCUACACGAUUAUGAUGAUCAUCAUGAACAUAAAGAGAUGAAAGGAGGUAAAUUUUCUAAAGGUUUGAAGCAUGAAGGGAAGAACAAAAAGUUCGACAAAGGAGACGAAAAGCAUCAAUGGGGGAAAAGUGGCUAUGACGGUUCUCACGAAGGAAAAUAUGAUAAAGGUAGACAUUCUACAAAACAUCAUCAAGGAACUAAAAAGCGCAAAGGACAUCACCAAGCGGAUUUGCAUAACAAAAAAUAUUCCGUGCACAAAAUCAAGAAAGGAAAUCCUCCAGCAUACAGCCCUCAAGUUGGUCAUCAUGGUCCUCAUCAGGCUCAGAUACAACCUUACGUGCCCCAUCAUCAUUCGCACAAUGUUUACAAAGAGCACGUGCCUAUCGUCCACAAGGAAUCGUACCACGACCACCCAGAAGAUCAUAUAAAAGAUGAUUAUCCUCAUGACCACGACGAUUAUCGAAAUUCACAUGAAGUAAAUUACGAUUCAAAAGAACAUCAUAAUGAUGAUCAUUCCACUUAUGGCUCUGAAUAUCGCAGUCACCAUGGCGGACAGCACCAUCCAGAUCAUCAUCACAGCGGCCAUCAUAAUCAACAUCACCGGAAUCAUCACCAUCAUCAUCACAGCAGCCACCAUCCAAAUCAACAGCAGGAAGAACAUGAUUUCCCACAGCAACAUGAAAUCGAAGCCGAGGAAAGAAUUGCAAAGAAACAUCACAGUAAAAACACCUUCGGGAAACAAGUAGAAGGCAUGUACAAUGAUGGAAUUGCUCAAAACCAAGAACAAUUUAACCAACCUCAAACUCGUAACUUCCAGCCAUCUUAUCAUAGCGGGUUUCUGCCCUAUAUGCAGCAUCCCAGACGACCGUCCUUCGAAAGCAGGAACCGCAAACAAUUUCACGAUGACGAGUAUCAGAAGCGGUACCAUAGAAUACUUUUUGGCGAAGAUAAGCCUCGAAAUUAUCAUCAUCAUUCUAACCAUCCUCGUCAUCAUUCGCAAAGUCCUACGCAAUUGCACGGACAUCAUCAUGGACAUCACAAACAUGACGCUUACAAACCUCACCCUACGCAUUCCAAAAAUUAUGAUCAAUCAUUAGACGCACGAGCACAUAGUCAGGAACACUUAACUCUACCGGAAGAACAAAAUGACAGAAGACAAGAAAAAGCGGGAUUGCGGCGUAACUGAGUAUCAGGAACUGAAUGCUUAAACCUGAACAUCUAUUUUUAAACUGCAGUGAAAUCCCGAACAACGAGUUAAUCCGUUACAACGAACUUGAAGGAACUGCAAUUUUUUCCCCUGUUCUCAAGCAACGUAAUGGAAAUUAAAUCGGGACUAGAAAUUAAAUUCGUUGAAACGGAUGUUUCGUUGUAACGGGAUUUCAUUAUACAGUGAAAAAUCCCUUUACAACGAACUUGAAAGGAGAGCACUUUUUUUCUUAUUGUAACUGAAUUCAAGCAACGUGGUGGAAAUUAAUUCGGGACUAAAAAUUAACUUUGUUGAAACGAAUAUUUCGUUGUAACGGUUUUACUGUACAGUGAAAAAUCCCGUUACAACGAACUUGAAAGGACCGUAAUUCUUUUCCGUUGUGACGAAAUUCAAGCAAUGUGAUGGAAAAUAAAUCGGGACUAAAAACUAAUUUCGUUGAAACGAAUACUUCUUUGUAAUGGGAUUUCAUCGCAUAGUGAAAAAUUCCGUUACAACGAACUUGAAAGGACAGCACUUUUUUUCCUGUUGUAACGGAAUUCAAACAACGUAAUGGAAAUUAAAUCAGUGACUGAAAACUAAUUUCGUUGUAUUGGUACUCGUUGUAACGGGAUUCCACUGAAUAAACUGUAAGUACCUUCACUGGAAAAGCUAAAACAUGGACACAAGAAUCUGUUAUCAAAUUAGCAACAUUGUGCUGCAACUCAGAACAUUAAGAAUGUAAGGUAACACAACGAUCAAUGUAAAUAUGAAUACAAAACCAAAACGAUAAAUAUUAAUGUGACUUGUGUAAAAUUAAAUUAUGCAUAAGGCUUAGAUUAGGAUACGAACAAAAAGAAAGUCAAUAAAUAUUAUCAACAUCACAAAGAAGAAAUAUGUUGUUGAAGCGGAAGUUAAUGCGAAACACAAAUGUUUUACCGAUCCUUUAGUCUUUGCUUUAAAAACUUAAUUCUUACGAAUAUCACAGAAGAUAAAGUUGCUAAAAUUGUAUUUCAUUUAUUUUAGUAGAUAAAUAUACGUGCAAAAGUUGGCAAGUUUGUCCUUUGAGUCAAUAACGUGCAUUUAAAACAAGGAUUAAAGUAGAGAUCUCAGAGGGCUCAGUUAGGAAAAAAAGAGAAAAAUAAUUCAACAGCUUUUCAAAUUUUUUUGCAAUAAGAAUAACGCUCAAAAUAUUUGAUUUGGAAAUAAUUAGGUUUGCUUUAGAAAACUAUGCAUGGUGCGAAUUUAAAAACUUUACAUAUUGUUGUCUCAUUGAUUUUUUCAGUUGAAAAAUUCCUGAAAGCAAAAUCUAGUAGACUUGAUGAAAUACCUUUCUUUUUCUUAUAAUUUAAAUUCUUUUUUUUUUUUUUGGCGACGUAGUGUUUUGCAAUCCAGUAAUUUUGAGUUGAGCAUUUAUUUUGUAAUAUAAUUGUUUACACGAGAUGACUUUGUAAGAAAAUGUUUCAUUAUGCAUUUACUCUUAAUUAACCGUUUGCUCGAUGCUGUAAAAGAAGCUGUGAAAUUUUGUGUAUUGAAUGGAUUCCUUGUAAAUAAUUAAAUAACAAA